AUGUCCGUUCUUCGCCAUCAUGGAGGUGUCUACCUCCAACGGCGUCUUACCAAGAUGUACACAGAUACCAAGACCUCUUGUGAAAGUGUGACCACGGCCUCCAAUGCUGUCGAUGACCCCGAAUUGAUUAACUUGCAUCGGGAUUUCAAGACGCAGAGAGAUAGGUUGCUAGCCUGGGGUCUGGACUGGAGCGAUGCCAGUGCCGCCCAGCCCAACGACAUCGACGAGUCAUUGACCCAGGCGGGCUACAGUGAUGUGGUAGCGAGUGUUAUGUCUUCGAUCCAGGAGCUUCUCAAUGAGGCCGAACGUCUCCAGCAUGGCGACGUCGCCUCCGAUCUACCCCCCAAAGGUGGGAGUAAGACCGAUGCGACGAAGAGCAGCCUCAGCAACUUGCCAGUCAAGUCGCAUUGGACGAGCGAGGAAAUCAGUCGCUCCAAGACUCUUCUCGCCGACCUGACCGGCUGUAUUGAUACUCUUUACGACCUUUCGCGCUCACGACGAGACAUGAACGCCAACAUGGCGGCUGGUGGUCAGGCUGCCGCUAAAGGCCGAUCUCGGCCCGCGGCGCCCACCGACUACUCGCUUCUCGACACCAAAGCGGCCUAUCACGGAGCAUCCUUCGACAGUAAGCAGGCGUACUUAUCAUCCCAACAGGAAUCUUUUGACUAUUCGCCGUCGUCUACAUUGCAAGGAAAGAAGUUCGACAAACUGCCUCUUGACAACGCCUUUGGCUCCUUGAACAAUUAUGUCAUCGAUCGUACUAAGUUGCAGCUUGCCGGCGCCUCUCAUGACAAUAAUCCCCCGCCGUAUGAGCAGGUGGCUGCCACCACCAACUCCAGAGCCGUCGGACGUAUGCCGACGUCAGCGUCACCAUUUCUGCAAGGCACGAGAGACUCCUCGGUGACCAUUCUGGUUGAGUACACACCCAUGAUGCUCGAAGCAUCUGGGCCAGGCACUUCUCCGGAGAAGAAGCGGCUAGACCACGUACAUCAGAGCCUUGAGCAACUCGUUCAAAAUGCUCGCGUCUCUCACCUAGGCUUGAUGAAGUUUCUGGGCUAUUAUGUCGACAUGCCCAAUUCUCGUUACGCGUUCAUCUACCAGAUGCCAGUCGACUACUUCCCCUUUCUGCAAAACCCCACCGACCUCCUCAAUGGCUUGAAGCCAAGGACUCUGGUUUCGAUGUUCCAAGCUGGCGAUGAUUAUCAGGUGCCCAAUCUAGAAACCCGAUUUCGCUUGGCGUACGAUCUUUUGAUGGCGGUCCUGCAGCUGCGGAGCCAGAAUCUCGUUCACGGAAACAUUAACAGCAGCAACGUGCUCAUCUUCCCUGGCCUGACAACUUCGCAUAGCAACGAAGUAGGAUUGACUGAGAAUCUUCGUCGUCCUUACCUGACCUCGUUUUCCCAUUUCUCCCGAAAUGGCCCGGCUUCGGAGCCGUUGUCCUCUAGCAUGUAUCGCCAUCCGGACGACAAGAGAUCAGUCGAUGACGAUGCUGCCUGGGCAUACGAUCUCUACUCCCUCGGAUUAGUAUUGCUGGAGAUUGGUCUGUGGAACCCGAUCAGUCGCAUCUGGAAGAUGAAGUAUAACAACUCCAUCUUCAAACAACGGAUAGAAAGUGUUUACUUGCAAAAGUUGGCACCAAAAUGCGGGAGUGCAUAUCUUCAUGUGGUCCAGCUUUGUCUCGAUGCGCCGAACUUUCAUCUCUCUACCCAGCCGUUCGACGACUUCGAGCUCCGAGUGCCUCAGACUUUUCAUUACCCCGUCCUGGAUCUGUCGGCCCCUGACAGCAUUUUCUCCUUCUCCAUGAACUUCCUCUACACAAUGUGCAAGAUCAUGUGGUCCUGCUGCAGGGUAGACAUGUUCUCGGCGCCUGACGCCGAGGAGUUGGAUGAUUACCUCCCACUCGCUCUGGUCCCUGGUCUAGGCCCAGCUGCAGCAGAAGCGCCCAUGCGUGAGUAUCACUCCACCCCGGAAAACCUGGCAGCAUACAAAACUCCAUUUGCACCGCUUCCUACUUCCGAAAUCAGACCUAUGCGAGAACAAUCAACCAUAGAUGAUCGGAGGGUGCGGAAACGUACGUUCAAGAAAUUGUCCAAUGUUGAGAUUCCCCAGGAUCAUCUGAAUAGUUGGAACUUCCACAUGAUGCCACGACUGAGGAAGCUUCUGCAAAAGAUCUUGAAAGAAUCUACCGAAUCUUGCAGUGUCACGCUCAUGAUGACUGGCGAGUCGGUGGACAAUGCCCGGACGACAAUCUGUGUUACUUGUGCUAGCACCAAGAAAGUCAGGGCGGCUCUCAAAAAGUACUUUGUUCUCGACAGCGACGAUUGGGAUCUUAUUGUACUCCGAGGUGAUGUUCAGCGGUCCAAGGUACCCCGCAAGAAGCGUCGCAAGCCGACGAGAACCGGACCUGACACUCCCAACUCGCCCGCGUAUGCUCAGCAAGAUCCGAACCCUUGUUAUCAAGAGCGGCCCCUUUGCGGGGCAUCGAUAGGCGCUUUCAUGAAUGAGGAGCAUUUGCCGCCCGUCACCUACGGUGGGGCCAUCAUGGUCGAUGGUAUGCCAUAUGGCAUGACGGUGCAUCACAUGCUCGAGUCACCCAGCGAUCAAGAGGAGGACGAUGACGACCACGACGACAGUGGUCCCCUUCGGUCCGCAGGGAACUGGCCUCGAGAAGGGACGACGCAGCAAACUGCGCAGUUCAUGUAUUCUUGGCGUGAAGACAGUCGACCAGAUGCUGCCUCAGACCUCGAACUUGAGGUUUCCGAGGAUGAGGACGACGAUGAUCAAUCUGUUACGAACAGUCUAGACGAGAAUUACGACGACUUCGACCUUUCUGAAGGCUACUCCACUGAUGAGGAUGACCCCAACGCAGACGACCCGUAUGAUGACGAGGACGCAGCAUCAGUCGGAGACACAUCGGGCGUGGAACCCGGGGACGAGCCCCUGCUGUUUGUCACGCAACCCGCGAUUGAUGAUGUCGACGAGAACUUCUUCCCGUCUCUGGAAGAUCGCGACGACGAACACCUGGCCUCUCACUCUUUUGGAUUCGUCCAUGCCUCUUCGGGCGUUCGCCGCUGGACGCGCAAGGGGCUCAGACACGAGAUUGACUGGGCGUUGAUCAAGAUCAAUGAUGAUCGCAUCGAUGUCCGCAACGUGGUUUUCGACCGGACCUCGCGUCAACACCCCUACCAGCAGAGACACGGCGCUCCCGGCCAGCCUGAAACCAUCCACCUCAACAACAUAGCUCGACUGGAAGACCUUGGUGGUCUCAAGGUUCAUUGCUGCGGACGAACCAGCGGCCUCCAAACGGGCCAGAUCUCCAAAGCAAUGACGCUGGUGAAGCUGCACGGGCGCCAGACCUUUUCCAUCAGCUUCUGCGUGGAUGGGAAUUUCGGAGUCCCCGGCGACUCCGGCGCAUGGGUCUUCGAAAAACACACCGGGCGCGUAUGCGGACACGUGCUCGCCUGGUCCGAAAAGAGCCACACGGCCUACAUCGCGCCGAUGGAGAUCCUGCUCGAGGAUAUCGCGCGCACCCUCAACGCGACGUACAUCUCUCUCCCCGGCAAUAACCGCGACGGAGCGCUCUCGUACGCCCUGCCGCAACAGCCGAUCCCCACACCCGAUCACUAUCACCAUCAUCAGCAUCAACAGCACCACCAGUUGGCCCCCAAUGCACGAUACAACGCCCCCCUUCCCCUUCCCGACCAACUCCCCGUGGACUUUGGGCACCUGCGUCUCGACGAUCGCCAUCAAGGCCACCAUCCGCCCGGAAGAGGUAGCGGCAGCGGCCCGGUCAACCCCAGCCGCGGUCUGCGCGAAGCAGCGGCAGCCAAUCCGUAUGGCGGGAUGGGCGCCGCGCCUAUCCUCUCUCCACCCCGGAGUCUAGAAAGACAACUUGCCUAACCCCUGGGGAGUUCUGCAACCACUACCACACCCCCUGGCCUUUCCACCCCCAGUCUUUUUCCAAGAUACCCCAACCCUUACCCUUACCCACAAACACCCUAUGACACCCCCAACAACAUUCAUUCCCCUGAUGACCCGAAACGAGUGUCUUUUCAAAACAAUAAUACCCCAUCGUGUACCUGCUAUAACCCUUACUUUUGCUUGCAAGCUAGCUAGCUAUCUAUGUGUCCAAUCCAUCCUAUUUAAUCAC